CCCCUCAUCUUAUCCCCGCGACGCCGCGAUACGCCGAUACUUCACCGCGAGGCUUCACCAUCGUGGGCAGAGAGCGAAAGGCAUGUUUCCGAUGGCAUCCUCCUCAUCGUCGUCGCCGCCGCUCUCGCUUCUCCUUAUCCGGGCGCUCCCGUCCAAACCCCUCCUCCUCUCGAGGCACAGGAAGCCAUUUCCCUAUCCAAAAUCUGGCCGCAUAGCAGUUGCACGAGCACAGCAGCGGUUACUGCGGUUGCCGGAGACCGGCCGGUGGGGGAGGAGCUGGAGGAGGGGCGGAGGCUUCCCGUGUUUCUCGUAUAAUGCCAACAACGAAAGCCCCCCUCCUUCGGAUAAGAGUUCAGACAACUGGCGAAUCCUUCAGCGGUGGGAUGUGCCAUGGGAGUGGCAAACUGUUGUGCUCAGCAUGGUAGGCUGUGGGGUAAGCUUUGUUUUAACAGGAUUGGUUGAGCAAUCCGCUUUGCAAUAUGUGGGGUUUAAAGCUCUGGAGGCAACUAUAGAUGAGAAGGCAGAAAUAUUGUUUCUUGGGCAACUUAGCGUGACAGUAGUUGUGCUUGGCGUUAUAUUUGGCAUCACCAAUACUUUUCGACCAUUCCCAGAUGAUGUAUUUCGUUAUGAUAUUAAAGAACCAUUCAAGCUGAAGAAUGGAUGGCUUUUGUGGGCUGGAGUUGGCCUUUUUGGAGCAAUAAUUUCUAUUGGUUUAACCGGAGCUGCUAUGACUUAUCUGAAUGGUGAACCUCCUGAGAGAGAGACUGAUUCGCUAGUUCUUUUGUUGCCCCUGAUUGGCUCAUCCACUACCAGCACUGCCUUUUUGGUGGGAAUUACUGGAGUUUUAGCACCACUUCUGGAGGAGACUUUGUUUCGAGGAUUUCUAAUGGUGUCCUUGACUAAGUGGUUUCCGACUCCAGUUUGUGUACUUGUCAGUGCUGCUGUAUUUGCCCUUGCUCAUCUGACUCCUGGACAAUUUCCACAGCUGUUUAUACUUGGUGUUGCACUGGGGUUUUCGUAUGCUCAAACCCGCAAUCUUCUAACUCCUAUCACAAUACACGCAUUUUGGAACUCGGGAGUAAUAUUACUGCUCACCUUUCUUCAGCUGCAAGGAUAUGACAUCAAGGAGCUGUUGGGGGCAUCGUGAAGGUUUGGACAAACCAGCCUGGUUUUGUGCAUAAGGUGAUAUGAAGCUCUGUUGGGCGUGUGCUCUGGCAUACCUGAUGUGAGCAAAACCACGUGGAAAGAAAUAUGGGCGUGCAACUGCAAGUUAGCUGUUCAGUGUAAUAGGUGGUUGCGUUUCCGGAAGUUUUACGGGACAUCACUACUGUGUAAAGCAGUUUAUAUAUAGUACGCAUGGCAGAUGACCUUAAUGCAAGAACUGCAGAAACACCUGUCAAAAAUAAUUAACGCAUGAAAUGCAGACGAAUUUACGCCCUCGUUCAUCUCA